UCUCAGACACGGCUAACUCUUACAUCUUCUUCACGAUCCCUUUGGAACUCGGGAUCAGCAAAAAAGAAGAAAAAUGGAGAAGAAGCGUGAAGGAGUAAUGGAAAGAACGAGCCAGAUCGUGUCAGAUCCGUACUACUUCCUCCACUUCAUGGCCUUCUUCUCAUACCUUCCGAUCCGCACCACCGUCGCACAGUACACUUCUCAUCGACUAUUCGACAGAGAAGUCCAAGCCUUUCUAGCCUUCCUCAUGUUCUCAGCUAUCAAGAUGGUUAGGGAGGAAACAUGGGAGGCUUUUGUUGCUGAUAGCUUUCUCUACGCUAAGAUCUUUCUCAUUGCGGUUUCGUUGGUUAUGGAUUAUCGAGUUGCGAUCUGGUUCUGUGUCAUUUUUUCAGUGGUGUAUCUUUUAGCUCAACAGCCAGCGUUUAGUAAGUUAGGAACAGCGAAGAAGCUAACACCUAUGCAGUUGGAGGAUUUGCUAUCAGAUGGUACCACAACUAAAUACUGGUUGGUAGAAUUCUAUGCAUGUAGUUCAGCCAAGUGUGUUCGUUCAAGCCGCUGCUUUCCUGAGCUCUCCAUCACGUACUCGAAUAGUCUUUUGUCUUUUGGAACCAUCGAUCUUGGACUGUUCCCUAAUGCUGCAGCAAAGUUUGGAAUCUCUCUUGCCGGUGGAAUGUCUCAGCUUCCCACAUACAUAUUGUUUGAAAAGGGUGCAGAAGUUUCUCGUUUCCCAGACUUUUAUGUUGACGCUGCACCGGCUUUACCCGUAACCAAGAAACUUCUGUGUCAACAUUUUGAGCUUGAUCGUCUUCUGCUUGACUACAUCAACGGAUCAUAGCCAGAGGGAGAGAGAAAACAUAUGUAGAUGGCUUCUCGUGAAAGAGGAGUAUGCACACAUCAGCGCACCAUCGGGGGCUAUAAGAGGCAAACAUUUUGGUCUAUCGCAUUCUUUUUUUUAUCUUUGAUCUUCUUAUAAUGGGCAUUUUUAGUGAGGCUCGCCUGAGGAAACUAUAGAUACUGUUUGUGUGUUAUAGAGAGAUGGGAAGAUUAUGCUAAAAAAUCUUGAAUUUGAUUUGAUGUUUAAUGAAAUCUUCUGAGUUUUUAGUACC